CCACACUGUUUGUCCUCUCCAAGGCUUUCCCCCUCUGCUUUGCGAACAAUAACCUUUCCAUUUUCUGCAUCUCAUAACCUACUCUUUCCUCCAUCUGGGAUUUGGUCUACCUUUCUUUUCAACGUUUGGCAGAUGUGAACAUGGAUCGUAUCUGGGUUUAUUAAGAAGUCGUUGACGGGGUCUCUCUCGAAUAUGAGUUUCCCCGCAAGAGCUCUCACUUUGGCGGGGCAACUUUCCCGUGCACCUCGGCGCUCAGCCUGGUGAUGCUUUGCCUGGUGACCACUUUCCCUCUUCAUUCACUGAAAGGGGAAGUUUAAACACACACCGGCGGAUUUGGUCUCGCAUUCAAUAGCCUACACACGGUUUUAUAAAAAACAAAAAGGAGUAAAUUAAAAUGCAGAAGAGUGUCAGGUUUAAUGAGGGACACGCUCUGUUCCUCUCAGUCGUUGCGCGUAAGGAGGGUACCAAGCGCGGUUAUUUGAGCAAGAAGACCACGGAGAACAGCAGGUGGCACGAGAAGUUCUUUGCGCUGUACCAAAACGUGUUUUUUUACUUUGAAAACGAGCAGAGUGUACGCCCCGCCGGGAUUUACCUCUUGGAGGGCUGCACCUGUGAGAGCGUGCCUGUUCCGAAGGUCUCCACUGCGGGAAAGGAGACCCUCGACAAACAGCACUACUUCCUGAUCGUGUUUGGCCAUGAUGGACAGAAGCCUCUGGAGCUACGGACUGAGGAGGAGAAUGAAUGUGAUGAAUGGGUGGAGGCCAUCCAACAGGCCAGCUACUCUGACAUCAUCAUCGAGCGUGAGGUCUUGAUGCAAAAGUACAUCCACCUGGUCCAGAUUGUGGAGACAGAGAAGGUGGCAGCCAACCAACUACGUACUCAAUUGGAGGAUCAGGAUACAGAGAUAGAGAGGCUCAAAGGAGAGAUCGUUGCCCUGAACAAAACCAAUGAGAGAAUGUGGCCUUACCAUGUAAACCAAGAGGAUGAAGACCCAGACAUAAAAAAGAUUAAGAAGGUGCAAAGCUUUAUGCGUGGUUGGCUGUGCCGUAGGAAGUGGAAGCUGAUAGUUCAGGACUAUAUCUGUUCUCCCCAUGCUGAGAGCAUGAGGAAGAGGAACCAGAUCGUCUUUAACAUGGUGGAGGCUGAGACAGAGUAUGUCCACCAGCUGUCUAUCCUGGUUAACUGUUUCCUGAGACCUCUCCGCAUGGCCGCCAGCUCCAAGAAACCUCCAAUCAGUCACGAUGAUGUCAGCAGUGUGUUCCUCAACAGUGAGACCAUCAUGUUUCUACAUGAGAUAUUCCACCAAGGUCUCAAAGCCCGGAUAGCGAACUGGCCUACACUGGUAUUGGCGGACCUGUUUGACAUCCUGCUGCCUAUGCUGAACAUCUACCAGGAGUUUGUGAGGAACCACCAGUACAGCCUGCAAGUGCUGGCCAACUGCAAGCAGAACCGAGACUUCGAUAAGCUGCUGAAGCAGUAUGAGGCUAAUGCUGCCUGUGAGGGCAGGAUGCUGGAGACCUUCCUCACAUACCCCAUGUUCCAGAUUCCUCGUUACAUCAUCACCCUGCAUGAGCUGUUGGCGCACACUCCGCACGAACACGUAGAGCGCAAGAGCCUGGAGUUCGCCAAGUCCAAACUAGAGGAGCUGUCAAGGGUGAUGCAUGAUGAGGUGAGUGAUACAGAGAACAUCCGUAAGAACCUGGCCAUCGAGAGGAUGAUUGUAGAGGGAUGUGAUAUACUACUGGACACCAGUCAGACCUUCGUCAGACAGGGUUCUCUGAUUCAGCUGCCGUCAGUGGAGAGGGGGAAGCUCAGUAAGGUGCGUCUGGGCUCUCUGUCUCUGAAGAAGGAAGGAGAGAGACAGUGCUUCCUGUUUACAAAACACUUUCUGAUCUGCACACGCAGCUCAGGAGGCAAGCUGCACCUGCUCAAGCAAGGUGGAGUCCUAUCUCUGAUAGAAUGUACCCUCAUAGAAGAAACAGAGACCAGCGACGACGACUCGAAGUCCAGUGGUGGUCAGGUAUUCGGUCAGUUGGACUUUAAGCUGAUCAUCGAGCCGUCUGACUCACCCUCCUUCACUGUAGUCUUGUUGGCUCCCUCACGACAGGAGAAAGCUGCCUGGACCAGCGACAUCAGCCAGUGUAUCGAUAAUAUCCGCUGCAAUGGUUUGAUGACUAGUGUAUUCGAGGAGAACUCCAAAGUCACCGUGCCUCAUAUGAUUAAAUCUGAUAUGCGCCUCCAUAAAGAUGACGUUGACAUUUGCUUCAGCAAGACACUCAACUCCUGCAAGGUCCCACAGAUUCGCUACGCCAGCGUGGAGCGGCUACUGGAAAGGCUGACGGACUUGCGCUUCCUCUCCAUCGACUUCCUCAACACCUUCCUCCACACCUACCGUAUCUUCACUACUGCUGCCGUGGUCAUGGAUAAACUGGCUGACAUCUACAAGAAACCUUUCACCUCUAUACCUGUCAGGGUACAGUACCACUCAUUUGACCGCCUGUCCAUCACGUCCAUCUGUCCUGACUACAGCCUGAAGAUCAGGAAGAUAGCCCUGGAUCAGUCCAAGUCUUUGGAAUUGUUCUUUGCCACCAACCAGAACAACCGAAGUGGUGAUCACACCAAUGACAAGUCCCCCCGUCUCUGCCGCAAGUUCUCCGGUCCUCUCUCCAUCUCCUCCCGCACCUCCUCUCCUGUCCGCACACGCAAACUCUCUCUGCAUUCCCCCAUCAGUGCCAGGGUGGGGGGGCUGGACCUUACUAAUAUUAACUCUAUCCCCUCCUCCUUCUCUCAGUCCGCUGUCAGUAGUCCAUCCUCAGCCCAAACCCCUACAUUCCACACCCCCUCCCCCAGACCCCCACUACCACUUCCCCCUCCCACCUCUUCCUCGCCCCCUCCAGGUGGCAACAAGACCCCCAAGACCAGGCCCCCUCCCCCUCUACCUCUGUCCUACCCCGAACAGAGUCCCUCCCCCACUACAGAAGGGCAGGAGCUGCCUCGUGUUGACGUCUUCUGUGGAAAAAUGAGACGCAGCAUCCGCAGAGCUGUCUUGGAGUCUGUCUCAAUGGACAAGUUCAUCCCUGAGUCGCCUCAGAACAGCGAAUCAGGAGAAGUCUCUCCCUGCCGCUCCCCCUCCACCCCACGACACUUCCGCUACAGGCAGCCUGGAGUUCAAUCAGGGGAGAACUCUCGUUGUUCUGUUUCUCCUGCCUCAGCCUUUGCUAUUGCUACAGCUGCAGCAGGACAUGGCUCUCCCCCAGUGUUUAAUAACUCAGAGAGGACAUGUGAUAAGGAGUUUAUCAUCAGAAGAGCUGCUACUAACAGAGUCCUCAACGUACUUCGACACUGGGUCUCAAAACACUCCCAGGACUUUGAGAUGAACAGUGAGUUGAAGAUGGGAGUGAUCUGUCUACUAGAGGAGAUACUCAGAGAUCCAGACCUAUUGCCACAGGAGAGAAAAGCUACUGCUAAUAUACUAAGUACCCUUUCUCUGGAUGAGCAGGAAGCAGAUGCCCAGCUGAGGAUAGAAGACAUCCUUCAGAUGGUGGAGUGCCCUAGGUCAGAGUGUUUUGAGUCUCUGUCUGCCAUGGAGCUGGCUGAACAGAUCACACUACUGGACCACAUCGUCUUCAGGAGUAUCCCCUAUGAGGAGUUCCUGGGGCAGGGCUGGAUGAAGGUGGAUAAGUCUGAGAGGACUCCCUACAUCAUGAAGACCAGCCAGCACUUCAAUGAUAUGAGCAACCUGGUGGCGUCUCAAAUCAUGACCCAUACUGACGUGGGCUCCAGGGCCAACUCUAUUGAAAAAUGGGUGGCUGUGGCCGACAUCUGCCGCUGCCUCAACAACUACAAUGGAGUCUUAGAGAUCACCUCAGCUCUGAACCGCAGCGCCAUCUACAGGUUGAAGAAGACAUGGGCCAAAGUCUGCAAACAAACUAAAGCCCUGAUGGACAAGCUGCAGAAGACUGUGUCGUCUGAAGGGAGAUUCAAAAACCUGAGGGAAACCCUGAAAAAUUGUAACCCUCCCAGUGUGCCCUACCUGGGUAUGUACCUGACUGACCUAGCCUUUAUCGAGGAAGGAACACCUAACUUCACUGAGGAGGGCUUGGUCAACUUCUCCAAGAUGAGGAUGAUCUCCCACAUCAUCCGAGAGAUCCGCCAGUUCCAGCAGACACCCUACAGGAUAGAACACCAGCCUAAGGUGACUCAGUACCUGUUGGACAAGACUCUGAUCAUGGAUGAGGACACUCUCUAUGACCUCUCUCUUAAGAUAGAGCCCCGCCUACCGGCCUGAGGGACAGUCACUGCGAGCAACGGGACCCUGGCAACCCUGUCCCUCUAUGUGGGCAACACGCCUGCAUACCUGGGAUGAUGAACGACAAAGAGAGAGUGGAUUAUUGAAGAGACAGAGAGAAAAAGAGAGCGAGAGAGAGAGAGAGAGAAUUGAGAAGGAACGUAGGGAGAAAAUCCUUGUUGUUUUUAGACGAUGAUGGGGUGAUAUUUUGAAUGUGUUUUCUGCGAGGAAGGGUAAACAGGAAGUGAGGUGUCAUUGUGUGACCUCAUCAUCCCUCUCCCAGGGCGUGACAUCAUUGACGUGAAACAUGGUUCUUCUGCCAGCAGAUCAAAUCAGAGUUGGUGGAGAUUGAUCAAUCUUUGGGAAAAUCUCAAAUGGCACCCUGUUCCCCAUGUAGGACUGCACUAUUUAGGGAAUAGGUUGCCAUUGAGACACUUUUUUGUCUUUGAAAUUUUUUAAAAGGUGUAUCGUAAGGAGAUGAAAUGUAGCAUGUAUAGCUCUAAGAGUCUGGACUUGUGUAUGUUACGCUGUGCUUUACUGUGCCAUGUCCUUGAGCUGAAGCACCCAUGCUUUCACACCAAAUGGUGAUCACUUGACUUUGCAUGAUCCUAACUGGGGUUUUAGUGUUUAUUUGGCCUUGGUCCUGACCCCUGCAUGUUAACAUGCUUCACUCUCUUUGGUCUCUGAAGACUACACAACCACUAUGCAUCCCUAUCCACCAAUCAUAAAUCACUUUAUUAGGGGGGUAGAGUUUCAAACACACCUGCCGGAAUUAACUCAUACAUUACUACUACUACACAUACUAAAUGUAACGAUAGUGGUAAAUAGAAAAUCCUUUUAAGAUUCAGUCUGACUGUGGUAAUGAGAAACUAAGUGCUUCAAAAUGAAUUUCGAUUUAGAAACUGGACGGCAGGUACUGUAGCCAACUGGGUGGCAGGUAGCCUAGAGGUUAGUGCUUUGUGCCAGUAACUGAAAGGUCGCUUGUUAGAAUACCUUAGCCAACAAUCUGUUGAUGUUCCCUUGAGCAAGACACUUAACCCUAAUUUGCUCCAGGGGCGCCGUACUACUAUGGCUGACCUUGUAAAACAACACAUUUCACUGCACCGAACAGGUGUAUGUGACAAUAAAGUAAAUAAAUUAAAAAAGCUUAAUUUGUAAUAGUUUACCAUUUAUGUGCAUCGUGUUGUUGAAAUUGCUCUUCAUAAAUACUGAAAUAUUAAUCUACAAACUGGUGACCGGUAUCUGAAAGAAUACAGUACAAUCUGGUACUCCACAUUCAGGCAAACAUUUUGAUGUCUAAUAUCUUGUAAGCUCCACUAAUUCUGUGGUUUGUCCAUUUGAAUGAUGAGAAUUAGACGCUUCAAAUGUGCCUUUAUUAUUGUUUUUUUUCUGUAGGUAGAUUCUCAGUCCUCUAUAUAUUCUAACAACAAUACCAAUCAAUUCAGAUGAACAAGUCAUAUUUCCCCCUCUUAAAAUAUUUUGCUGUCAAGUUAGCAAAUUUCCAUCUGUGGCAUUCUUUGGUGAAGGUUGUAGGUCCCUAAUAAUAAUAAUGUAUCUGCUCAUUCAGAUGGUAUGGAAUCAUUGGGUAAACAUCAAUUGUUAUUCCUUCAUUCCUCAAAUCCUUAUCUCCUUCUCAAAGCACUUUGGAGCAAAAGAUCCUCCUCUCAGAAGGAGGCAAGGAGAAAUGACAAGAAUAGAAUUAUGUAGAACUACAUAUAAUUGAAUAGGAUCUCUUUGGGAUCAAGGAUAUACAAUUGAGAUUCAGCCGUAUAAAACUAUUGUACUGCCAUGGAGUGAGGGUGGUUAAAGAGAAGCGACUUUAUGUCCCUCUAGUGGCCCCAACAUUCCCAUGCUUUAUCUGACAACAACACUUGUAGCACGUUCAGCAGGGCCUGUUCACAGCUUUACAAUAACCACUCCUUAUGCAGUUUCAUGAGCAUGUGGUCCUGUUGCAGUUUGCUCCUAAUUGAAAAAUGAAAACCCAGCAAACAAAUGUUGGUUCCCAGAACGAUGUGGGAAAGUCAUUUUUCAAAUAACCAAAGGAGAACCUCAAGGGAACACUAUGGGGACAUUAUGAGCUAGCUGGGAAUCCUUUGUUGUCCUCACACAUUUAAUUUUGUCUUCAGCUUCAUUGGCUUUACAUGGUCACUUGAGUGUUCUAGUCUAGUCUGUAUGAGUCUGACAGUAGCUGUCUGCAUGAAGCGAUAGAGGUUGCUUUAGAGGUUACAUACAGUUAAUGCAGCUCUUGAGUUCCGAUCAUGGAAUUCCGAACUCAUCAGUACAUCUUUACUUGGAUUAAAAAAUAUAUAUUUUACAUUUUAGUCAUUUAGCAGAUGCUCUCAUCCAGAGCAACUUACAUUAGUGCAUUCAUCCCAUACAUCUUUUUUUCUCAAUAUAUUUAACUUAGAUGUACAUACAUUUACAUCUUUGUUAAAAUGCAUGUAAUGCCUUAACAUUUAUUCCAGAGAUGCAUGUACAUGCAUUUGCAUCUUUGUUAAAGUGCAUGUAAUGCCUGACAAUUCCAGAAAUGCAUGACUAUGACAUCUAGUCGACAGGGUGGCCAAGUUGUUCCUAAUUCGGCAUAUGACAUAGUUUGUCCCUUCAGAGGAUUCUUAAAUUACUCUUUACGUGUUGAUCAAUGGAGAAUUUGCCACCAAGCCAAAACUUUGGCACUAGCUAGGUUUCAAUCCAAUUGGCAACAGAUUUCCAUGUGAAUAUUAUAAAAUCGACGUAAAGAAAAUAUGUGCAUUUUCCCACCAAACAGACUUGUGGCGUAUAAAAAUCAGUGAAUGAUGACGUAGUGCACACAAAAUGUACUUUUUCGCUUAAGUUUACAUGUACCGAAUAAAAAUCUACAGUUCAACGUGUUUCCAUUGCAUUUUCAACUCUACCAAUAGUUUCCUCACAAAAGCUGUGUGCCUACUUUGGUCUUCGCACAUGCACUCUAGCCAACAGUUCGUAGCUACAGUGCGGGUAGGCUAGUCUACAUGAUGAGAUUAUUAUGGAUAAGAGAGAAAAUAUUUGUAUUUGUCAAACGGCAGUCAAGCAUCGAUCAUCAUGUCACCUGAAUCAGACCCUCAAUAUUUAUUGGAAAGGAACAUCAAGAUUACUGUCACCACCCUGUGAAGAUCAUCAUAAAUGAUUUCAUCUGUAGCCUUAUAAACUGCAUGCUUUCCGGAGUCGUAGUGGGAGGACCACACACCAUAUUAUUGCGUGACUCCAAGUUUACUUCAAUUUGAUUGUUAUUAUAUAUCAAUAUUUGCGCAUAAAGGCGGUUCCACUGCCAUGUCACGCAUAAUUAAUUUUACAGACACAAAAAUAUCCCACCAACGAACACAUUCUGUCGGCAUUUAUAAAACUGAACCGAAACUUCCUGUUUCCAUCUCCGCUGUCUUGAUUUUUUUUAUAUACGGUAUGACUAUACUCGUAUAAAAACUGUGGAUGCGAAUGUGGUUAGUGAUGUCAUUUAAAUUAUGUUUUUUUUUAAAAACCAUUUGAUUUCACCCCAAAAAUUUAUGUCAUAAAGGGCACAUGUUCAACUUCAUUAAAAAAAAUAUGACUAUAUAGUCGUGCCUCUCUUCAGCUUGAAAAGAAAUCACUACCUGACCGAUAAUGUAACAUUUUUGUCGUAAUUUUUGUGGUAAUUUAAAUGCAUUUUUGUGCUGUUAAUAUGUGUCAAGUACAAUAAAAAUACA